AUGUACAGGAUAGCUUCUCCUGAAGACCUGAUGUUGCAACUGUUCUCACUUCCAAGACGAAGGGUUAGGACAGAAAGCAAUGGAGAUAACUCAACUACAGAUCGAGACCUUCUACAGUUGAUACUGACCUUCAAUGCUAACAGUGACAGUUCUAAUGAUGAAGAUGACGAGGAUGAUGAUGGAGAUACAACCAGCCAAGACGACUUGUUUUGUUAG